AUGGUUGCUUUCACUAAAUUGACCAUUGCCUGCUUGGCUGCCGCCGCCGCCGCUCACCCAGGCCACGAAGAACAUGUCGUGAACAAGGCAGUGAAACGUAGCUUUAUUGCCCAGUCGAAGCGAUCUCUCAACUCGUGCGCCGAAACCCUCGAGCGUAGAGGAACCCUCAAGCGCGCCGAGGUUCGUCGACAGGCAUACGUUGACGAGCUGGUCAAGGCACGAGCACUCAAAGCCCGCGAUGCUGCUACCGUCCUCAACACGACCCACCACUCCGAUCUGACCGGUAUCACCGUCGACAGCGAUUCCUCGGCCUACUUUGGAAGCAAUCACACCUGUAUCUUGGCGCCGGAAGGCGAGAUUGGACCGUUCUGGGUCAAGGGCGAGCUCAACCGCGAGGACAUUGUCGACGGCGAGCCCGGUGUGGUCAACUACCUGCACGCCCAGUUCAUCGACGUCAAUACGUGCGAGCCCGUCACCGGUCUCUGGUGGGACGUUUGGAACUGCAACUCAACUGGCGUCUACUCUGGUGUCCAGGACGACAGCAACGGAAACGGCGAUGAUGCUUCAAACCUGGACAAGACUUUCGCCCGCGGAAUCCAGCCCACCGACGAGGAUGGUGUGGCCUCGUUCCGAUCCGUCUUCCCUGGUCACUACUCCGGCCGCGCCACCCACGUCCACGUUGUCGCCCACGUAGGCGCCGGCCUUCUCGAGAACGGCACCCUCACUGGCGGCAACGUCUCGCACAUUGGACAGCUUUUCUACGACCAGGAUUUGAUUACCCAGGUCGAGGCCACCUACCCUUACAACACUAGCACGGUCGACAUUACCCUCAACUCUGCCGAUCGCGUCUUUAGCCUCGAGAGCGAAAACGACAAUGACCCCGUCUUUGAUUACGUCUUCCUUGGAGAUGAUGUCACUGAUGGCAUCUUCUCUUGGAUCACUAUUGGUGUCGACCCUACCGCCAGCUACGAAACAAGCUAUGCUGCGCUCUUGACCGCCGAUGGAGGUGUCUCGAAUAGCGACUAA